AUGGCCACACCAGUGAAGCGACGCAACUAUACUGACGAGGAGGACCUGAUGCUCCUGCGCCAAGUCUCUCUCGAACUGCCGUUUUUGGCGCGCCGUGGCCUCAUCACGGAGAAGUGGACGGCUGUCGCGCGGGCCCUUGUCGCGUCGGACGAGUUUACACGCACCGGCCUCGAUGCCAAGAAGGCGAACAACCGCUUCAAUGCCCUUGUUAACAGCCACCGCAAGUACAACAAAGAUUCAGAACGGACAUCCGGGGUCUCCGAGGAAGUUUCAGAGAAGGUCCUUCUGUUGGACGACCUUCUCGCUGUAUUCGACGACGCGAAGGACGAGGAGACAAAGCGUGUUGUAUCAACAAAAAAGGCCAACAAGCACACUGAAAACUUGGGCAGCAUUGUCCACGACGAAGCAAUGAUGUCGUUGGGCAAACGAAAGCAAGCAUGCGAUGUCGAAGGUGCUGUCGGCGGAGGCAACAACAAGGUGGUCAAAAUGAUGGCCAUUCUCAAAGAACAGGCGAAGUCUGACCUCGAAUUUAAGAAGGAAAAGCACAACAGUGAGAUUGAAGAGCGUCGCCAAGAUCGUGAAUUCCUUCUGGGGCAUAUUCGCGAGUUCAUGCGCCAACGACGCAAGUACCCCUUUCGCCGUCGCAUGCGUCUGUUGCGCAUCCUCUUGUGUGCUGUUGAGCGACCACUUGUUCCGGAGGACCGGUUUGACUUAGCCAAACUCACGAACGCUGACUGUGUGUUGAAGUUCCGCUUCGACUCGGCUGGGAUCAUGGAGUUGUGUGAACUUUUGGGUGUCCCCAAUGUUCUGUUGACCACCAUGGGAGACCGUUGCCUUGGCAUUGACGCUCUGUGUAUUUUGCUCAAUCGAAUGUCGUAUCCUCGCCGUUUCUACGACAUGAUUGCGUCGUUUGGUCGCUCACGUGAAUCGCUCUGCCGCAUUUUCAAUUCCCUUGUGGACCUGCUGUUCGACCAAUGGCAGAACCAUUUGUACUUCUGUUUGAACGUUGUUGCUGGCCGUCUACACAACUAUGGGGCUGCCAUUGCUGCGAAAGGUGCAAUGAUGGACAACAUUUUUGGCUUCAUUGACGGCUCGAAACUGGAAACAUGCCGAAUCUCUCAAAAACGCAAUCUGGGCAUAAACGUCGUCACUGCCUGA